CGUCAUGACAACAAAACAUAUCAAGGAAUGAAAAUGGAGGAUACAACAUAUUCAAAAGAUGAGCUUGAAUUUCGACGGAGUCUUGCUUCAAUGCGCGAAACGGGGACAUUUUGUGAUGCAACGCUAUGUAUACCUGGGGAGGAGAAAACGUUUCCUGUUCAUAGAGCUGUUAUGUCAAGCUGCAGUGAUUUCUUCCGUUCACUUUUCACAAAUGGUCUUCAGGAAACAUUGCAACACGAAGUAAAGAUUCACGACGUCACAUCGAAAGCUAUGGAAGUAGUUAUUGAAUAUGCUUAUACAAAACAGGUUACCAUAACUUCAGACAAUGCUGAAGAAAUAUUUGCUGUUGCGGAUCGUUUUAAUGUUCUUGGGUUACUAAAAGAAUGCAUAGACUUUUUCUCUGCAGAAAUUUCGCCGGAAAAUUGUAUAGGUUUUCUUAGAUUCGCAAGAUAUUACAACAACAAAGAUCUUAAAAAUAUAUGCUGGGCAUACAUAACUCGCCAUUUUAAUGACGUAGUGGAGAAAAGUUUCGAGUACGUGCAUCUCAAUACUGAUGAGCUCAGUGAAAUAAUUGGUGACGACAGAUUGAAUGUGAAAACAGAAGACGAAGUGUUCGACGCCGUGAUGAAAUGGAUAGAGUUUUCAUUCAGGGAAAGGAAAGAACAUUUUAAAACUCUUCUAGACCGCGUAAGAUUCCCCUAUAUUACAGAAGAAUGUUUUCAAGACAAAAUUGUCCACCGCCGUGAUUUAAAACGCGGGCCUUGUUGGGACAGAAUUUCCUUAUCAUAUAACCUAGUCAAGAAGUUUCGUUCAUCUAAAGAUCCAACAGAGAAAUCAAGAACCAAAGACCUAGCAAGGUGGAUAAAACCAAGAAUACCAAGUAGCAUCAUUUUUGUUUUGGGUGGCUGGGCAAAAGACGGUGUGACUGACUCUGUUGAAACGUACGACCGGAAUACUGACCAAUGGUUCCAAACUCACGAAUGCGAGCUUCCACAACCUAGGGCGUAUCACGGGACUAUCACGCUACGUGAUAACGUGUACGUUGUCGGCGGUUUCAAUGGGUCCCAUUAUCUGAACAGUGUUAUUUGUUUCAACGUAUCUAAAAAGAGAUGGGAGGAACGGGCACCAAUGUAUAUGUCCAGGUGUUACGUUAGUGCCGUAGAAAUGAAUGGCGUCAUUUACGUAUGCGGCGGCUACGACGGAAGACAAAGGCACAACUCAGCAGAGAAAUAUAACUGGGAAAACAACCAAUGGUCAAUGAUAAAAUCAAUGUACCAUCAGAGAAGCGAUGCUGGUGCUACAAAACAUAAAGGGAAGAUGUAUGUAGCUGGAGGAUUUGACGGUCAGAGUUGCUUGUUUUCUGCGGAAGUGUACGACCCUUUGGUUGACCAGUGGACGGUGUUAGCACCGAUGUCUACUCGGCGCAGUGGCGUCAGUCUGGUUUCGUGUGACGAUAAGAUUUAUGCAAUAGGAGGAUAUGACGGAUCCAGACGGCUAGAUACAGUGGAGCACUAUGAACCUCAAAGAAGACAUUGGUACUCCUCAGUGAGCAUGAUUCUUGGGCGGAGCAACUUCUCCAGUGUCGUCAUGGAUGAACUAAUCUACGUCAUGGGCGGAUAUGACGGAGAAAAGACAUCACCGGAAGUUGAGUGUUACAAUCCUGUAAAAAAGGCGUGGUUCGCUAUGAAUGACAUGAACAUUGGUCGGAGUGCAGUCAGCGCAUGCGCAGUCAGGGACAUUUACAAUGCGCGCGACUUCAGUUUUCACGGUAACGCAAGCUUGUGUUCAACAUUAGAAACCAAACUGAAAACCCCGACAAAAACCGCAGAAAAUGUCGAAUUUGCUGGAAGAUUCGCAAAGUGGAGAACGUCCCCUCAUUGCAGCAGAUUGAGUGAUACCUUUGAAACUAUGAUAUAAAACCAUAACAUAUACAUGUAUUAAAAAGCGUAUAAAUAAAAGCAGAGUAACUAAAUUUUAAAAAAUCGCGGUAUUGUAUCUAUCCCCCUGACUGAUGUCAUUUUCGGAUUAUAAAGUCAGAUUUGUUUCUUCCGGUCACAUGGAUGCAUAUUUGCUUGUCACAAGACACGGAAAAAAGGCUAUUUAAUCCGAAAAUUGCCGAGUUCAGGAUAGAUGGAUUACCUUUAUUAUUCAAUUGCAGAUGAUUAUUAAAUAACCUGUUAAAUGACUUUUAUUUCAGCCUCAAAUAUUUGGUAAAAAACUUCUUCUUUUUCCAGAAAAUUGUGAAACGGAAGUUAAGUUAAUGCAUAGUUUCAUUGUUUAUAUUAGAGGAGUCUAAAUAAUUACAAAUCCACUAUGAAAAUUUGUAGGUAUCGUACAUAAGAAUACUGGCGUCUUUUCGUUGAUAAACAUUUAUGAAUUUGCAAAACAUUGAAAAUAACAGGAACAUCUUUGUAUUGCCUUCAAAUUAAUAGCUUUGAACACUUACAACUCAUAACUGUGUCUGG